ACAUUUACACAGGCUUCAGGUCGUGGUACUCGAUUUUCGGCUUUAUUUCAUAGGGAGAUUGAUCAUCCAAUAAACUGACCAUUGUCGGGCCUCACCUCGAGUUUGUUUUUGCCAACACGGUUGUGUGUGGUUAUUCAUUAUGAAUUUUAAUUCUGAGUUCCCACUUCUGAAGUUAUGUUCUAUCACUAUCAGCACAUUUACACAGGCAUCAGGUGACAGUACUCCACAUGGAAAUUAUCGACUUUACUUCAUCGGGAGACUGUUCGUCCAGUGAGCUAACCUUCGUCGGGCCUCGCCUAGAGUUCAGGUACAACCAGUGAAAGCAAGAGAGAGAGAGAGAGAGAGAGAAAGAGAUGGAUGGAGAUUUGUACACAUCUUGACUUUAUGAGGUCAGAAAGAUGAGACAGCAACAACAAAGGACAAAGGUUACUGACCAUCGACACUAGCCUCAGAACAAUACUCUUUCAAUUUAUUAUUCAGUGAAGCAUAUGCAAGAAAAUCAAUUCUAUAACAAAAGAAGAAUAUAACUAGAAUGCAGCACUGGACAGAACCAGUGGAAACCAUCGUUUAUGAAUGCCUUACUGCAGAUGUAACAUUUCAUGCAUAGUAACUGUACAACUGUUCAAACAAAACAAAAAAUACCAAAAUGUUUAUUAUAUUAUUAAGUUGUGUUAGUAGGAAAUUACAUUAGUAUUUCAUUGAUUUAGCGAUGACUUUACUUACUUGUUAACUUGUAGAUGAGUUGAAAUUCUUUCUGUAUUGGUUUUACUGGUUUAAAGAACAUUAGUUGUAAUGUAAGUUGAAUGUUAUAAAGUGUGUUUUUAGCCUUGACAUAUUAACAGAAUUGAGGGAAAGCAUGAAGUAACAAUCUUAGGAGGUCUGAAUGAGUUCUGUGUAAAGUUCUAUGGACCUAAAGGAACACCAUAUGAAGCAGGAAUUUGGAAAGUACGAGUUGAUUUACCAGAAAAGUACCCAUUCAAAUCUCCUUCCAUAGGGUUUAUGAACAAGAUAUAUCAUCCAAAUAUUGAUGAAGUCUCAGGAACAGUGUGUCUAGAUGUCAUCAACCAAGCUUGGACUGCACUGUAUGAUCUGUCCAACAUCUUUGAGUCAUUCCUUCCUCAGCUGUUGACAUAUCCAAACCCUAUUGAUCCUCUAAAUGGUGAUGCUGCUGCAAUGUAUUUACACAAACCUGAAGACUAUAAAAGGAAAGUUCAAGAUUAUGUCAGGAAAUUUGCAACAGAAGAAGCUCUGAGGAAACAAGACGAUGACUCUUCCAGUAGUGAAAGCUCAAUGAGUGAUUUCUCUGAUUAUGAAACAAAAGAUAUGGAACUAUAACACUUACUUAGUUAUUAAAAGGGUUGGGGGGACAUUCAUAUAGGGGUAGGGUUGAGGGGGGGGGCAAACAAUAAUUUUCACACAGCAUACUUCAUUUGUAAAAUAAACAUCUGUGAUUAAAUGUCAACAGGGCUGGGACAAGUUUGUAAGUUUUGUUGACAACCAAAAUAUAAUAGAAUGUAACAUUUGUCUAGCCAUGUUACUUCCAGGACAAGUUAUAAUGUUUUAUUGUGGUCACUGUUUUCUUACAUAGCCACACAUCCAUUGUUUAUUGCUUACAUAAUCUGGCAGUAUGGCAGCCUAGAAGAUAGAUCAUAUGGAGAUAUGUUGCUAAUAGAUAUAUAAUAAUACAGUAAUGUACAGCAUUUCACUAUGGGAUUUGAAAGACUAAGUUCAGUCAGUGUGUGCUAAGAUCCCUGAGCCUACCCAAUCUGUUUAAAUGUAACACAUGGAACUACUUUUGUCAGUCUUCAUCACUUGGGUGAACACGUAGUGGCAAUACCAUAUUUCAUUAGUCAGUUUAGUAUAGUAAUGUAUGAAGUAACAUGGUUAAAAACAAGAUAAACUUGUUUGUACCAGUUUUAAUAUGUAUGUAAUAAAAGUAGCAGUUACUAAACA